CCGGCCAACAUGGCGGCUUACAGGAUCACUCCAACCUUUCAAAGAGUUUUGCACGCAGUUAAGCACGGCUCACUGCGGCCGGCGUGCUGGCUCAUAAGCCGCCAUGUGUGUUACUCCACUGUAUACGACCCCAACGAGAAGACCUUUGAUAAGAUCCUCAUCGCAAACAGAGGGGAGAUCGCCUGCAGGGUGAUAAAAACAUGUAAAGAGAUGGGAAUAAAGACAGUGGCCGUGCACAGUGACGUGGACUCCAGUGCAGUCCAUGUGAAGAUGGCGGACGAGGCUGUGUGUGUAGGUCCGGCACCCACCAGUAAGAGCUAUCUUAACAUGGACGCCAUCAUGGAAGCCAUUCGUAGCACAGGAGCUCAAGCUGUCCAUCCAGGAUACGGCUUCCUCUCAGAGAAUAAAGAGUUUGCCCGCAGGCUGGCCGCUGAGGGGGUCACCUUCAUCGGGCCUGACACACAUGCCAUCCAGUCAAUGGGAGACAAGAUCGAGAGCAAACUCAUCGCCAAAGCGGCCAAAGUCAACACCAUUCCCGGCUACGAUGGCGUCGUCAAGGAUGCAGAGGAGGCUGUGAAAAUUGCACAAGAAAUUGGUUAUCCUGUAAUGAUUAAGGCUUCAGCUGGUGGUGGAGGUAAAGGCAUGAGAAUCGCCUGGAAUAAUGAGGAGACCAGGGAAGGCUUUCGGUUCUCCUCUCAAGAGGCUGCAUCCAGUUUCGGUGAUGAUAGGCUUCUCAUUGAAAAGUACAUCGAUAACCCCAGACACAUCGAGAUUCAGGUCCUGGCUGAUAAGCAUGGAAAUGCCCUGUGGCUAAAUGAGAGGGAAUGCUCCAUCCAGAGAAGAAACCAGAAAGUGGUUGAGGAGGCACCCAGUACAUUUCUAGACCCGUCCACUAGGCGGGCGAUGGGCGAGCAGGCUGUGUCUCUGGCCAAAGCGGUUAAAUACUCCUCAGCUGGUACUGUGGAGUUUCUCGUCGACUCGAAGAAGAACUUUUACUUCCUGGAGAUGAACACACGUCUGCAGGUGGAGCACCCCAUCACAGAGUGCAUCACAGGCCUGGACUUGGUGCAGCAGAUGAUUCGUGUCGCUAAAGGAUUCGAGCUUCAGCACAAACAGGAAGACAUUCCUAUAAAUGGCUGGGCCAUCGAGAGCAGAGUGUACGCCGAGGACCCCUACAAGUCAUUCGGUCUUCCUUCUAUCGGGCGUCUCUCUAAGUAUGAAGAACCAGUCAACCUGUCUGGUGUACGUGUGGACAGCGGUAUUCAAGAGGGAAGUGAAAUCAGUAUUUACUAUGACCCCAUGAUCUCCAAAUUGGUCACAUAUGGAUCGACGCGAGCUGAGGCACUGAAGAAAAUGGAAGAUGCUCUUGACAACUACGUCAUUAGAGGUGUGACCCAUAACAUUCCUCUCCUGAGGGAGAUCAUCGUCCACCCACGUUUCAUCUCAGGCGACAUUAGCACCAACUUCCUGCCGGAGGUUUACCCCGAAGGGUUUAAAGGUCACCCGCUGACAGCCAGCGAGAGGCGUGAGCUUCUGGCAGCGGCGGCUUCUCUCUACGUAGCCGCUCAGCUUCGCUCUCAAAAAUUUCUGGGACAGCAGAGAGUGUCCACCACCCCUCAGGAGAGGAAGAGCUGGGAGCUGUGUGUGGAACUGGAUAAUGCAGUUCAUACGUUGUGUGUUUCUCGCUCUGGUACAAACUACACAGUGGAGAUUGACGGAGAGAAAGUAGAGCUUUCUGGCGAGUGGAAUCUGGCUUCCAGUCUUCUGCCUCUCAUUAUCAAUGGCAACCACAGAGCCCUGCAGUGUCUUUCACGUGAUGCCUCUGGAGAAAUCACACUGCAGUAUCUGGGCACUUUGUUUAAGGUGCGGGUGUUGAGUAAACUAGCAGCGUCUCUGAGCAAGCACAUGCCGGAGAAGGUUCCCGAAGACACCAGCAGCAACCUGAGGUCACCGAUGCCUGGAACCGUCGUAGCCGUGUCUGUCAAAGCAGGAGAUACGGUUGCUGAAGGGCAGGAGAUCUGUGUGAUCGAAGCUAUGAAGAUGCAGAACAGCAUGACCGCUGCUAGAAACGCCAAGGUCAAGAGUGUGCACUGUAAAGCAGGUGAGACGGUCGGCGAGGGAGAUCUACUGGUGGAGCUGGAAUAAACCUCCCCCCGGUCUGCUUUCCAACCUGAUAUUCCUACUUGGGACAAACCAACAAAGACACUAGUAGCCUAGAGGGAACAUUCUCUGUCCCUUCCUGUUUUGUUUUGUCUUCAUCUCUCUUUCUACAUGGUGUGCUCAUAUUUGUAAGAUUUUCAGAACAGAUUUAAACAAAGGAAUUCAAAAAAGAGAUCUUUGUGCCUCCAAGCAGUCAAGCAAACGGGACACUAAUGGGUCACGUCAUCACCUGUCACAAGUCGUUACUGAUUUCUCACAGUCGUAUUUCUUUAUAGGACAGCGGGGGUCACUCCUGCCCUGCAAAUCCUGAAUUAGUUCAAAACAUGAGCAAAGGGUGGAAAACAUGAGUUCUAUUUGAUAAUCAAUCCUCAAUAUAGCCUUCAUUUAAAUUUAUUUGGCAUAUUCUGGUGAGGGGCGUGUAUAUCUUGGUAUUCUUGAUAUUUAGUUAUUUCUACAACUCUUAUGAUUCUGUCACUGCCUGACUGACUGAAACAAUUAUUUUAU